AUGACGUCUCGUCUGAUCCGGUUAAGCCACAUCACCCUCCAGGUAUCCAAUGCUCAGAGAGUUGUCCAGGAGUUGAUGACCAAGUAUCAAUUUCAGCCAUUUGCUGCUCGAGGGCUAGAUGGUAGAAGUCCAAGCCAAGUGGCCCUGAGAAAUGGAGGAGUGGUGUUCAUGGUUAAUGAAAACAACCAGAAGACUACCAAAGGAUCGUCCAUGCUGUAUGAUGCGGCUGUUCCAUUGCCAUCUCCAGAUACCGCUUGCAAUGUCAGCUUUGAUGUGGAGGACGUACCAGGCUUUUGCCAGCGGCUACUUAGCGAAAGAUGCCAGCUGCUAGUUCCUCCUACAGAAGUCCAUGAUGACUAUGGCUCAGUUACAUUUUGUGUAGUGAAAUCUGUGGUUGGAAAUGUGCGUCAUACAUUAAUUGACCGCACACGUUACGGAGACAACUUUCUUCCGGAGUUCCAGAACCUGAGAAGCGACAGUAAUCCUGUUGUUCCUGGUGACUUGACCUGCAUUGACCAUGUCACUUAUGCCUGUCCACGUGGGAGCUCACCACACAUAAUAAAGUGGUAUGAACGAUGUUUUGGUUUCAAACAUUUCCCUCUGAGCAAAGAAGAGGAUUGCGAUAGAGGUUUUGAAAUUAGUGGGCCCAACAUCGGUCUUCGUUUGACUGCAAUGGAUUCCCCAGAGCUUGGAAAAUGUGGUAAGUUGGUGUUGGCAGAAUCUUUGCCACAGGAAGGAACCAACCAGUUAGAUCUGUUCCUAAAUCAUCACAAAGAAGGAGGUAUUCAGCAUGUUGGCCUAUUUGCCACAGAUAUCUUCAAGACUGCUCGGUCCAUGGCUAAUCAGGGAGUAUGUUUUACUACCCAACCUCCAACAUAUUACUCUGACCCCUCAAAGCAGGACGAAAUCCGGGGUGUAGGGCUACAAGCAGAAACCCUCUCACAGUUUGGGAUUCUUUUGGAUUCAAAGUCCCAAAACAGCGACAUGCCAAACGGAUACCUUUUGCAGGUGUUUGCCGAGCCCCUUUGGAGCAAGGACUCAUUCUAUUUGGAACUCAUUGAGCGUAGGGGAGCAGACGGCUUUGGGGAGGGAAAUGUCCGUGCUUUAUGGAGAGCUCUAAACGACUUUCUUGAAGGAUCCACCCAGAAAGACGAUGAGAAAAUUAGAUCAACUGUUGCUUAGUCUACUUUAUUCUGCAAAAUUAUUUAUCUACAUACACACUGUACACAGUGCA